AUGAUGAAGUUGUUGCUCAAACAACGUCAAGAAGAGGAGCGCAUAGCUGCAGCCAAAGCUGCUGAGGAAAAAUUAAGGCAAGAGGCUGAACUGUUGGAAGCAUCCAAAAAUGCUGUACCAAACGAGACCCAGCAGAAUGCUGAUACGAUUCCGGAAAACCAGCUAGAAGAAUCUAGUGAGCAUUCGGAUGAAACGUUCGACCAGCAAGCCAGUGAGCAAACUCGAACGGCCGAAGAGGAGCAUGAGAUACGUGAACAAGAGCACACGCACGAAGAACCAGGUUAG